UGAAAUCUGGAGAGAAAGAAAUAUAUAUAUAUAUUUUUUAGAGAGAGAGAAAAAAUGACAGAAACAUAUAUAAACAACAUCAGAUUACAAAGAGUAGUUCCAACAGAUUCUGUUAAUCUCUUUUGAGUCUUCUCAGUCUUGAAUUCUAUUCUCCUCUUUCAAGAAUGAAUACAAGCGUGAAGAUAGACUCACAAAUGAUGAUGUUAACAUACAUCAAAUGCUCCACGUGGCAUCAUCUCAGUGGCGUUGUCCUUUGGCUCGCUUCCCACAAAGCCAAGAACCAACCCCACCACCCCAAAGAACCCACCCACCCCACCCCACCUUAGCAUGUUGUCAGUGUUGAUGUUGGGUGUGUUUUGUGUAACCCCCAAAGUCCUAUAAACCUGGCAUAUGUGAUCAAUUUGAUGCCUGAAGGUCAUUUUUUUCUGGCUUGAGAUGUACAAUCCUGCAUGCAAUGAUGAAAGAAAACGAUUCACUGUCUGGUAAAAUGCUUAACAGAGACUGGGCCUUAAAACGCAAACGUCGCAGACUUCCAUCCGGUCCUGAUGUGCCAAAUGGUAAAGAAAAGGCUUCAAAAACCUUGGAUUUACCCUCGAGUAACUCACACAAACGUCGAGUGAAAAACGAAAGCACUUCAAGUGGUUCUUCUGGCAAGAAGAAAGGAAAUGAUGGGUACUAUUAUGAAUGUGUUGUUUGUGAUCUUGGUGGAAAUUUGCUUUGCUGCGAAAGCUGUCCGCGAACCUACCAUCUUCAGUGUCUGGAUCCUCCUCUUAAGCGUAUACCAUCUGGAAAGUGGGAAUGUCCUAGUUGCUAUCAGAAGAACGAUACGCUUGAAUCUGUCAAUCCUCUAGAUACUGUCUCCAAACGACCAAGAAUAAAAUUUACAAGUGGAAAAGCAAAAGAUGAACAUAAGUCAUCUGGAAUCUCCAAGGUAUCCCUGAUUUUUGAAAGCUCCAUUCCUGGUAAGAAAAGAUCCUCGGGCAAAGAAAAAACUCCUUUAUCACAUCGCAGUCAAUUGGAGAAGCUGGGUUCUUCCUCCAAUGAUGUUUCUUGUGAUAUUAAACCAAGUCAUCAUUCCCGGGAUGGUGCUGCGGAUGGCAAUUCAUUGUAUGGAAGUGUUGAUAAAGAAAAGGAGGUGCCUCCUUCAGAUACUCCAGUUGAGAAGGAGGUGCCUUCUGCAGAUACUCCAUUGGAGAAGUCAAGCUCUUCAAUGAAUGAUACAACAUCCUUUUUGAAUAUGACGGAUUCGAAGACAAAUGACAAAGCCUCUGAAAAGAAGCCUGAUUUGCCUUCUAGUGGUGAACCUGUAGCUGUAUCAGAGGCCGCUUCUAGGAAAGACAGGAAAAGAAAACCUAAUUUUUACAACAUUGACAGUCGGAACAAAUCUAAGUCUGACAAGGGAAAGCAAGCUUCUGGUAAUUCUAAAAAGUCUGGUUCAAAGUCAAGCAAAUCGCAAAAAAAGCGUAAGCGUGUUGAUCAUAAGCCUUCAGUGCCUGCGUCAGAUAGGGAUGGGAGAGAUACUGUUGAAACCCAACUUAAAGAUGAGUUGGUUUCCGAAGAGGCUGGUCGGCCAUCAGAUCUGUCACGUGAAGCUGGAAAAGUUGCCGUCGAACAUUUGGUAUAUGAUAAUAAUGGUCCUGAUCUUCAACAGGUUGAUAGGGUUCUGGCAUGUCGAGUUCAAGCGGAUAAUAUUAGUCGUUCGUAUGAUAUCCCCGAAAUAAAUGCAAAUGACCCAGCAUUGGGAGAAUCAGCAAGAUUAGCAGAUAAAGAGAGAGUAAAUGAUGAAAAACCCAGCUGCGAUGUGCCUGCAGUUAAGGUUGGUAUAGAAUAUUCAGGCAGUGGCUCUGAAGAAACUUUGGACAUUCCUGAUGAAGGAAAAAGCUCAAAGUAUGAUGUCAGAAAGGAUAAAACUCAAGUGUACAGAAGAUCAGGUAGCAAAGAAUGCAAGGAAGGAACUGGCACAGUAAAGGAAGACCCUCAAGGUUCAGUAUCUGAAGGUGCAAUCAACAAAAACGAAGAAGACACUGCUGCUGAUGAUCUGGAUAAUACGCAGAAUACAUCUGGAGAAAGCAUUUUUUCCACUGAAAAGAACUAUAUUGACAGUGCCAAGUCGAAGGAUAAUGUCACAUCCGGGAGUCAUGAAGUUGGAACUGCCAAGGGAGUAGAUGAAAUGAUUACUACAGAUACCACCUCUUUCAAGAACAGUGAGGAGACUGUCUUGGCUAAACCGCCAACCUCGAAUGGUGUAAAUGUCGCCUAUGAAUAUCUUGUUAAGUGGGUUGGGAAAUCAAAUAUUCAUAACUCUUGGAUCCCAGAGUCUAAGUUGAAAGUUCUGGCAAAAAGAAAGCUGGACAACUACAAGGCGAAGUAUGGGACAGCAACAAUAAAUAUUUGUGAUGAACAGUGGAAGCUGCCUCAGCGGAUUAUUGCAACUCGGCCUGGUGCGGGUGGUUCAGAUGAAGUUUUUGUGAAAUGGACAGGUCUUCCUUAUGAUGAAUGUACCUGGGAAAAAAUAGAGGAGCCUGUGAUUGCAAAAUCAUCUCAUUUGAUUGAUCAGUUUAAUCAGUUUGAAUCCCAAGCAUUAGCUAGAAAUGCUACCAAGGAUGAUGUGGUGAGGAAAAGGAGAGAAUGCCAUAAAAAUGAUAUAGUUACUCUGCCAGAGCAGCCUAAAGAACUGCAAGGAGGCACGUUAUUUCCACAUCAAAUGGAAGCCUUAAAUUGGUUGCGCAAGUGCUGGCAUAAAUCCAGAAAUGUUAUUCUUGCUGACGAGAUGGGGCUUGGGAAGACAAUAUCAGCUUCUGCUUUCUUAUCAUCACUGUACACCGAGUUCAAUGCUGCACUUCCUUCUCUGGUAUUAGUUCCUCUUUCCACAAUGCCAAAUUGGAUGGCAGAGUUUCAGUUAUGGGCUCCACACCUAAAUGUUGUAGAAUACCAUGGGAGUGCUAAAGCAAGAGCUGUGAUUCGCCAAUUUGAAUGGCAUGCAAGGGAUCGAAGCGAUCUGAGUAAGAGGUCGACUUCAUACAAAUUUAAUGUUCUUUUGACUACGUAUGAAAUGGUUCUCGCCGAUUCCACUUUUCUGCGUGGGAUCCCGUGGGAAGUUCUUGUGGUUGAUGAGGGACACCGUCUGAAGAAUGCUGAUAGUAAACUCUUUAGCAUGCUCAACACAUAUUCUUUCCAGCAUCGGGUGCUAUUGACUGGUACUCCUCUUCAGAACAACAUUGGCGAGAUGUACAACUUAUUAAAUUUUCUGCAGCCAUCGUCAUUUCCUUCACUAUCGUCGUUUGAGGAGAAGUUUAAUGAUCUUACAACAGCGGAAAAGGUGGAAGAAUUGAAAAAGCUUGUCGCUCCGCACAUGCUUCGCAGGUUGAAGAAAGAUGCCAUGCAAAAUAUUCCUCCUAAAACUGAACGAAUGGUUCCUGUUGAGUUAUCUUCUAUUCAGGCAGAAUAUUACCGUGCAAUGCUUACAAAGAACUAUCAGCUUCUUCGCAACAUUGGGAAAGGAGUUGCACAGCAAUCAAUGCUGAAUAUUGUAAUGCAGUUAAGAAAAGUUUGCAACCAUCCUUAUCUCAUACCAGGAACUGAGCCUGAAUCUGGUUCAGUGGAAUUUCUUCAUGAAAUGAGAAUAAAGGCUUCUGGAAAGCUGACUCUUCUGCACUCUAUGCUCAAAAGUUUGCAUAAAGAAGGUCACAGAGUCCUUAUAUUUUCACAGAUGACUAAGCUUCUAGAUAUUCUGGAGGAUUACUUGGCAAUUGAGUUUGGGCAAAAAACAUAUGAGAGAGUUGAUGGCUCUGUUGCAGUGGCUGAUCGUCAAGCAGCAAUAGCACGGUUUAAUCAGGACAAAAGCCGAUUCGUCUUCUUAUUAUCAACUCGCUCUUGUGGCCUGGGGAUCAAUUUGGCUACUGCAGAUACUGUUAUUAUCUAUGAUUCUGAUUUCAAUCCACAUGCUGAUAUCCAGGCGAUGAAUCGGGCUCAUCGUAUCGGACAGUCAAAGAGACUUCUAGUGUACCGGCUAGUAGUCCGUGCCAGCGUUGAAGAACGGAUACUUCAGCUUGCUAAGAGGAAGUUGAUGCUUGAUCAGCUUUUUGUGAACAAAUCAGGGUCCCAAAAGGAGGUUGAGGACAUCCUUCGAUGGGGAACAGAAGAGCUUUUUAGUGAUUCCUCUAGCAUGGCAGAGAAAGAUGCUGUUGAAAACUCCAGCGACAAAGAUGAAACAGUUCCUGAAGUAGAGCAUAAGCGCAGGAGGACUGGUAGCCUGGGUGAUGUGUAUAAAGAUAAGUGCACCAAGGGCAGCACUAAGAUUGUGUGGGACGAAAAUGCUAUUUUGAAAUUGCUUGACCGUUCAAAUAUUCAGUCAGAAUCACCUGAUAACCAUGAGGCAGAACUGGAGAAUGAUAUGCUUGGUUCAGUGAAGUCAUUGGAAUGGAACGAGGAAGGUCCAGAAGACCAAGCUGGAAUAGCAUCACAUAUGGUGGUGAGUGAAGACACUUGUGUACAAAAUGUUGAGAAGAAAGAAGAUAACUUGGUUAGUAGCACUGAAGAAAAUGAGUGGGACAAGCUUCUAAAAGUGAGAUGGGAGAAGUAUCAGAGCGAGGAGGAAGCAGCGCUUGGUCGAGGCAAGCGCCUAAGGAAAACCAUUUCUUACAGGGAAGCAUAUGCUUCACACCAUAAUGAAACAUUAAAUGAGAAUGGUGUGGAAGAGGAGCAGGAGCCUGUGCCUGUGCCUGAACCAGAGCGAGAGUAUAGUCCAGCUGGACGAGCAUUAAAGGCAAAAUAUUCUAAGCUUCGCGCUAGACAAAAAGAACGGCUAGCCCGUAGAAAUGCAAUUGAAGCAUCUGGACCCGUGGAAGGACAGGCUGGACAAGAGUCUAUCUGUCAUCUGCUUCCUCCGCAAGCUCAUGAUGUAAAUCCGAUGAAUGUACCAUUGCAACUCCGUGAAGAGAAACAUGUGGCCAUGAACUUGGAUAAAAAAUGCUGUGUAAUAUUAUCAUCCGAGGCAAAGAAAAACCUGGCUGACUUAAAGUUGAGAACGUUGAAACAUAAAUUGAACGAUAACAUAGCUCUUCCAUCAAGUGGCCAUCCUCUUGCAGAUAUUCCCCAGUCAAGUAAUCAUGCACAAGAUAUGAGCUAUACUGACUCCAUGGCCAAUAAACACCUUUUACCAGUUCUGGGACUAUGUGCUCCUAAUGCUCAUCAGGUGGAGGCACCACAGAGGAACUUCUCCAAGUUAAACAACCGACAACACAGGCAAGGAUUAGGACUGGAGUUCCCAACUAUUGCUCCUCCUCCUCCGGAGCUUUCAACUGAAAUGGUUGCUAAAGAUCAGGAGAGCUUCCCUCGGAGAUUUAGAUUGCCAGAUCUUCCCCUGGAUCCUUCACAACAACCUCCAAAGAAUAGUUUACCUGAUUCUUAUCUCCCAUUCAAUCCACAUCCUCGAUCAGUCAUGCAUGAAAGAGGUUCGGCUGGUAAUUUAAAGAAUUCUGGUGCUACUUUAUCUGAUAUUCAAGAAAAGGCAGCAUUGCACAAACCUUUUGAUGAGCCAUUGUUACCAAGAUACCCAUUUCCUUCUAUGAACAUGCCCCGUCCUCCCUCUGACUUGUUUCCCAGCUUGUCUUUGGGAUCAAGAGUUGCAGAUGUGAAUGAGUCUGUUCGUGAGCACCCUGUACUGCCGUUCUUGCCCAAUCUCAAGUUUCCACCUCAUGAUGCAGGUAGGUUUAAUCCACAAGAACAAUUGGGGUUAGGGCAUAUGGUACCUUCUUCAUCUUCAUUUCCUGAAAACCAUCGGAAGGUUCUUGAAAACAUUAUGCUGAGAACUGGGUUAGGAUCAGGAUCUGGAUCAGGCAACCUACUUAAAAGAAAAAGCAAACUGGAUAUCUGGUGUGAAGAUGAACUGGAUUGUCUCUGGAUUGGUGUACGUAGACAUGGAAGGGGCAAUUGGGAUGCCAUGCUGCGAGAUCCAAGGUUAAAAUUUUCCGAGUAUAAAACUCCUGAAGAUUUAUCAAUUAGGUGGGAAGCAGAGCAGCUCAAGAUCUUGGAUGGACCUGCGCCAAAACCAUCCAACCCUACCAAAGUGGGAAAAUCAGGCUUAUUCCCAGGAAUUUCUGAUGGAAUGAUGGCCCGAGCAUUGCAUGGUUGUAAACUAAAUGAACAGCUCCUUCCAACCCACCUAACAGACAUGAAAUUGGGGUUUCGUGAUCUGCCUUCAAGAUUUCCACAUUUGGAACCUCCUGAGAGACUUGGUCUGAACAACAAUCAUAUCUCACAUCUUCCAACUCGCAGUGCUGAUAAGUACCGGGUGAACAUGAAUGCGGGACCCCCAGACAGACCAGGGGCUUCGUCAAGCUUUCUUAUGGAGUCGCCAUUUCUGCUGAAUUCAUUGGGCAGCAGUAGCUUGGGUCCUCUUGGCAGGUUUGACUUGCAAAAGGAGAAUAAUGAUGGUGCAAGUGGAUUUAUUAAAUUGCCUAACCUUCUUGACAGGUCUUUAAAUAACUCACAUGACAAUGCGGGAGGUGGUGAAUCUAGCAAUUAUCCAUCACUUCCUGAACUUAAUAAAGGUCACAAAGUUUCUCAAUCAAAAGGCAAGGAAGUGGCUGAAUGUAGUUCACCGAAGAAUAAGCUACCACACUGGCUUCGUGAAGCAGUGAAUACUGCUCCAGCAAAACCCCCUGAACCGGAUUUACCACCCACCGUCUCUGCAAUUGCUCAGUCAGUUCGCGUGCUAUAUGGGGAGGAGAAGAAGCCCUCCAUUCCUCCAUUUGUUAUUCCUUCUCCUGCUCCAUCCCGACCCAGGGACCCACGGUUGAGCUUGAAUAAGAAGAAGAAGAAACAUGGACUGCAAGUAAUGAAGCAGUUCCAGAAAGAUUUUGCAGGAACUAGUAAUGUACAUGGUGAGAGUAUGGCUGGAACAAGUAGUCUGCAAGAUUCAGCAGUCCCUCUGCUUUCUAGUGUGAUGGCCAGAACUUCAGGUGAAUCUAACCUUAAUAUGCCGCCUUUAAGUCUAAAUGUGAAUCCUUCAACUAGUUCAGUUAGUACAUUUCCCCUAAUGAAGACAAGCACUGGAUUGUCUCCCUCACCCGAAGUGCUUCAAUUGGUUGCAUCCUGUGUUGCACCAGGUCCACCUAUUGCUACUAGUUCGAGUUUCCUUGAAGAUACGGUCCCUCGCCCUAAGUGUGUUGAUCAGGUUGCAUGGUCAGACACCCAAGAUUCACAUGAAAAGCAGGAAACAAAUCAGACCUCAGCUCCUACUACAUUAGGUCCAUUUCAGGCAGAGAAAGAAGUUGAAACUGAUAGUGGGGAUUCUAGCAAAACUCAGUCAGAUUCUGCUCGAGCUGGACAGGAAGAUGUACAGGAAAUAUCAUCUGAAGAGACAGUAUCUGACCGUGAACCAUAGCUCUUUCCUAUGGGGAGUUAAUUGUUGUAACCAUCUCGCGCCGUGUAACUCCAUCAUUCUCAGUUUUUUGUAGGGCAGGAUGCAAUUAAGUAGCAAAUACAGUACAGGUUUAGACCAAUUAUUAUGUAAAGCUUGUGUAAGAGAAAGGAGAAACAUAGAAGUUAGCAUACAACGUUGUUCGUCGUCCUUAAAGUCAGUAAGGUUUUGACCUUGUAGGACUUGUUUAGCCUAGGGAGCUGGAUUCGGCAUUUCAUUUAGGACUUUCUAAGUGUCAAAACUCAGGUUCAUGUAAGCAAAUUAUUGCUUGUAUGUAUUUUAUGCAAAGUGGUGUUUGGGAUUAUACAGUUCUAUCUUUAUAGCUGUUGAUUUAGAAGGUGGAGAUCUUGUGGCUAUUUGGAAAUGUAGUGAAAUAUGAGUAUACCAGUUGGUGAUUUUGAUUUUGAUUA